AUGGUCAAGGCACCGCAAUUGAAGGAUCUCGGCACCGCACUCGAUGUCAUGGUCACCAACCAACGCAAAGACAAAAACAAAGUAAACCGAUUCAAUCUCAACCCAUGCUGGCUGGCUCACCUCAGACGCGCCUGGUGCUCAAACAGUCUUGCGACGGCAAAAUCAGAGCGAAAGCUACCAAUGAUCAGCAUGUAA